AUGCAUUUGUUCAAAAAGAUUUCACAUCAAAAAGCGACGCCACGUCUUCUUGCACGUGAAACUUCACAAGAUCAUAAAGACGACCAUCCCGCGUCAAGUAGAGAUAGUGAUGCAAUAAAACCUAGCACUGGCGAGGAAGCUGAUGAUGGUCCAAAGCGCUUUAUACAUCUUCCUAAUGAGCUGCAGAUGACAAUUUUACAAUAUUUGUCAUAUGACGACAUUGCCAAAAUAAGGAGGACUUGCAAAUUACUGAACACACUAUGCUCCUAUUUGCUUAAUAGAGGUUUUCAACAGUUAGGAAUUGAUAUAGAUAGGGAGAAGUUGCGAAUCAAAAGAGAAUUACCCAGAAGAGAAUCAAUGAGGAGGUCUCACCGACUUUCAAGACUUAAUGAUGCCUACGCCGGUUUGGAUACACGAUUUUCCAUCAUGGCCAUGACCUAUAGAAAAUUCAUUGAUAUGAAGGUCACCUGUUUCAUACCAGGAAAGGUCCUCGACGAAUUCUUCCGGAUAAUUGAUAUUCUAAAGAAGUCACACGAUAAAGGAGGAACGCUGGCUAUAGACAUCCAUGAGCUUCUAAAAGAUUUGAGGGACUUGUCCAGCAUGGCAAUGGAACAUUUCGAGGAGCAUGUGCAACCUUCGCUCAGCACUAGUACAACUGGGUCCCUGUCUUCGACGUACUUCAUGUCCGUACAUCCAUUACUGCGUCCUUCAAUACAGACGCCAUCGUCACUGAGCUGUGAGUGGCGCAAAAACGUUACGGAUAAAUUGGCCCAACAAGACAAAAUCAUUCGUAAACAAAGUGCUGAGAUAAUAUCCCUCAAAUCUUGUAUACGACAACUGGUUCUGGUGUGCACACAGCUAACCGAUCCAGUCUCGCAGAAAGGAAUGGACGACAUUUUAGAAGGGGUACUUGAUACAGUGUCCAUGGAUAGAUCACCCGCAUGUCAAGUGAGCACGCAGGAACCUUCAACUUCUAGCAGUGAUGUGAGAGGAGAUUCACUUAGGAGAUGUUACAAGCGAAUCCACGGAAGACAACACUCACAUGAAUCCUGCGCAAGGAAAAGGCCAAGGUCCGAUGACUCCGCAGAUGAAGAUCGAACGCUUGAAAGGCUGGUCUAG